AUGGUUGCAGACAUCUUUAGGGAUGCGACUGUCGGCCAAUUGUUCAACUACUUCUCCAAUGGUACAAUUCUACCCUACCCAGAGGAACGUUCAGAUUUCACCGUCCCCGCUCGUUUUCUACCGUCCCAAACUCCAACAAUUGCUGAUGAGUCCGACGAUGUGCAAAAGCCUGAGCCUGAGUUGCAGAAAAGUAAGGAGGAAGUUUUAGUCACAGAGACCGACACAUCAAGAGAAAUCACGCUUGAUGAGAAUGAAGGACUCGGAGAUCUUGAGGCUCAGAAGAUCAACGACGGCGAUCCGUAUCUUGUUACUUGGUAUGGCGUCGAUGAUCCUGAAAAUCCAAAGAAUUGGUCCUCGAAAAAGAGAGCUUUCGUUGGCUUUUGUGUUACAUGGAUGACAUUCACCUCUUACGUCGGCUCAGCCAUUUACAUUGCCGCAAUUCCAGGUAUAAUGGAGCAAUUUCAUGUUGGGCUAACAUACGCUGAACUCGGUCUAACAUUAUACGUAUUCGCCUAUGGUCUUGGACCCAUGUUCCUCUCUCCUUUACAAGAGUUACCCAAGCUAGGAAGAAACACAGUCUACAUGUGCUCAAUGGCUCUCUUUAUCAUCUUCCAAAUACCCACCUUCGUGGCACCCAACUUCCAAACAAUCCUCGCCUUCCGUUUCUUCACAGGAUUCUUCUGCAGCCCCGCUCUCGCAACAGGCGGCGCAUCCAUGGGCGAUAUGUAUCCAGUCUCCGAACUCGCUAUGCUCCUCGCCCUCUGGGCAGAGGGCGUCAAUGCAGGUCCUAUCGUCGGACCUAUAAUAGGUGGCUUCGCCGCUCAGGCGAAGGGUUGGAAGUGGCCGUUCUACGAGUUGAUUUGGCUUUCCUCCUUCAGUUUUGUUUUUCUGAUGCUCUGCCUUCCUGAGACCUACGAGCCUACGAUUCUGCACAGGCGAGCAAGACGGUUGAGGAAGCUGACGGGGAACCAACAGUUAACGUCACAAGGGGAGAGGGAUGCGAAAGAACAACAUCUCGGUCUUGUCUUCAAGGAUGCUCUCUUGAAACCCAUCAUUCUUGCGACAGAGCCUGUGGUGUUGUUCUGCAACAUAUUCAUUGGUUUAGUUUACGCGAUUUUCUACCUCUGGUAUGAGGCCUUCCCUCUCGUUUUCACCGGCAUCUAUCAUUUCAAUCUUGGUGAAAGUGGUUUGCCUUUCCUCGGUUUUCUCGUAAACUCUAUCCUCGGCUUCUUCAUAUACAUCGCAUACCUCAAAUACCACUUUCAACCUCGCAUGAUGAAAGCCAUGGCUGCAGGAAAACCAUCUUCUCCUGAAACCCUACUCGAACUUGGUUUGAUCGCAAGCAUUACCAUUCCCCUUUCGCUCUUCUGGUUCGGCUUCACCUCUCGCGCAUCAAUUCACUGGAUCGUUCCUAUCAUUGGUGCCUCCUUCUACCUCUUCGGCAUCUUUUUCAACUUCCAAAGCGUUCUCAUAUACAUCAGUAGUGCAUACCCGGCGUACGCCGCGUCUGUUCUAGCUAGUAAUGCCUUGUUCCGGUCAACCGCCGCCAGUGUCUUUCCACUUUUUGGGAGAUUUUUCUUCCAAAACUUGGGCCUGGGUGGUGGCUCCGGUUUGUUGGCGGGUAUCUCGAUUGUGUUGAUGCCAGUGUAUUAUGCGUUGAUAAGAUGGGGUCAUAUCCUUCGUCGUAGAUCGAAGUAUGCUUCAGGUUGA